AGUUUGCCUUUGUCCAGUUCCGCAGAUUCGGUAACACUGCGCAAAAUUAUUUUAAUAAAUUAUUUUUAUAAAGUACGCGCCAAUUCGACGCGUUUUUGUCGUGUCCAUCGAAUAUUUCACUCAUCCCGAGCAAUUGCAAGUGCCUGCACGCCGUAUUACAGCCAGGAAUCGAGUGUGCGUGUGCUAUUGGCCACCAGUUGUUGUCCACUUCGCAUUCCCAAGCCAUCCGAAAUCGGUUGUUUAUCGCGCGCUCCAUUGGAUUUAUGAAUAUAGAAGCGUUCGGCUCCGAAUUCAGUCCACCAGGAUGUCGCAGGACAAGGUCGUCGGCACCGAUGUGGCCGGCAUUUCCAAUUCAUUAUCGAAUAUCCUGAACGAGAUGAUCAUCUGCAUCAAUGGCAAACAGCCGCCCGAAGUUCACGAAAAAGCAUUGGCCCAAGUUAACAAAAUGGUAGACGCCAGUACACGUGUUAUAUGGGAAUCGAAUACGUUGACGGAACGGGAAUGUGUCGUGAAGAUAAUGAAACUGCUGAGCACCAGGGAGGAAGAGGAGGACAAAACUUUGGGGGAGCACUUUUUCGAGCUGUACAGGAAACUAACGUCGAUUAGGUUCGAUCCCAACACGAGGCACUCGCUAAUGACCUAUCUGCUGUCGAUGGCCGAUAAUGAUGGCCGUUCGGCUGCCAACGGAGACGCAGAUGCACAUUCGGAAUCCGAUAAUCUCAGCCAGAUUCUGAGCAGUCGUGUACACUCAAAGAACGGCUCUUCCCUUACCAGUCUGAAUGGAAAUGGAUUGGUUAAUGGUGGAGCUGGCUACAGCUACGAUGCCACACAGGCCAGCAUUGGAUUGAGCCAACAGUCCCUGCCAAACUACGUGGAAGCAACACGAAUGAUGAACGACUCCCGCCAGGAUAUAGUGACCAAUGCCAUUUAUUCCUUCACCGGCGUCCAAGGGAAGUAUUUGAAGAAGGAUGUGGUAACGGGACGGUUUAAGUUGGAUCCGCAGAACAUGAAGUUGCUGACCGCCGGCCAAGCGGGCAUGUUGCUACGGCUCUCCGAACUUGGCUACUACCACGACCGCGUGGCCAAGUUUGCGGACGUAUCGACCGGCUUCAAUGCCAUGGGCUGCAUGGGCCAGGCGCUGAUUUCCAAGCUCAAGGAGGAGUUAGCAGACUUCCACGGCCAAGUGGCCAUGCUGCACGAUGAACUGAAUCGUUUUCGGAAGGCCCAGAUGAAUAGGAUUCCAAACAAAGAUGGCGAGCCCGAUGCUGCCGACGAACUGACGCUCUUUAAGCUGCUCGCCUGGUACAUAAAGCCACUGCACCGGAUGCAGUGGCUAACCAAGAUCGCCGACGCCUGCCAGAUGAAGAAGGGCGGUGAAUUGGCAUCGACUGUGUACGAUUUCCUCGACAACGGUCAUUCGAUGGUUAAUAAAUUGGUGGAGGAUGUCCUCACCGCCAUUUGUGGCCCACUGGUGCGCAUGAUCUCCAAAUGGAUACUGGAGGGCGGCAUUAACGAUUUGCACAGCGAGUUCUUUGUGGAGUCGCUCAAUGAUGUGGGCGCCGAUCGGCUCUGGCACGAUAAAUUCCGCCUGCGAUUGCCCAUGCUGCCCAAGUUUGUGCCCAUGGAAAUGGCCAAUAAGAUACUCAAGACGGGCAAAUGCAUUAAUUUCCUGAGGGAAAUCUGCGAGAUGCAGGGAAUGAUGAGGGGACGCGAGGAACUAAUGAAGGUCAUGGACACUAAUGUUUCCCAAUUCUUUUCGUACACACCGGACACCAGUUGGCAUGCGGCCGUGGAAACGUGCUACCAGCAGACCUCCAAACAUGUCCUGGACAUCAUGGUGGGUCCGCACAAGCUGCUGGAUCACCUGCAAGGGAUGCGUCGCUAUUUGCUGCUGGGCCAGGGCGAUUUUGUCAGCAUUCUGAUCGAGCACAUGAAAGACGAACUCGAGCGGCCGGGCGUUGAUAUAUAUGCCCACGAUCUCUCCUCAAUGUUGGACGCCGCUCUGCGUUGUACGAAUGCCCAGUAUGAUGAUCCGGAUAUACUCAACCACCUGGAUGUGAUGGUGCAACCGCCGUUCUUCGGUGAUAUUGGCUGGGACAUCAUCUCACUGCAGUACAUUGUACAGGGACCACUGGCCACCAUGCUGGAGCCGACCAUGCCCACGUACAAGUUGCUCUUCAAGCCACUCUGGCGCAUGAAGCACAUGGAGUUCGUGCUCUCGAUGAAGAUAUGGAAGGAGCAGAUGGGCAACGCGAAGACUCUUCGCCCAAUAAACACCGAGAUCGGCAAGGCGUCGCACCGCCUGAACCUCUUUACCUCGGAAAUCAUGCACUUUAUCCACCAGAUGCAGUACUAUGUGCUAUUCGAGGUAAUCGAGUGCAACUGGGUGGAGCUGCAGAAGAAGAUGCAGCAGGCGACGGCAUUGGACGACAUCCUCGACGCCCACGAGAAGUUUCUGCAAACGAUUAAAGUGGGCUGUUUUGUCAGCAGCAAACCGAAUGUGGAGCAUUCGCUGGAGGGUGUGUACGACAACAUUAUCGAGUUGGAGAAGUGGCAGUCGGGCUUCUACAAGGACUGCUUUAAGGAGCUGAGUGCACGCCAGGAUCUGGCCAAAGUUGUGGAGAGGUCGGAGAAGAAGGGCGUCUACGGGCUGACCAACGAGCUGAUCCUACAGCGCGACCAGGAGGCAAAGAUCUUUGCUGAAAAGGUGGACAUCGCCUGCCGCGGCCUGGAAGUCAUAGCAUCCGAUUACGAAAAGGCUGUCAGCAGUUUCCUAAUGGCUCUCAACUCCAGCCACGAUCCCAAUCUGCAGCUCUUUGGCACGCGACUGGACUUUAACGAGUACUACAAGAAGAGGGACACCAAUCUGAGCAAACCCCUGACCUUCGAGCACAUGCGCAUGAGCAAUGUGUUCACAUUGAACAACAGAAACUAUCCAAACAGUCGGUUCGUGAUCCAUACGCCGACCUCCAAUGAAUAGCAACCAAUGGCCAUGCAAUCGCGUCAUCCCAGUGCCCUCAUACACGAAUCAUCAGGCCUCACCAAUGCAUUCAGUUCAACUGCUGCUAAAUAUUUGAGAUAUCUCGAUAUCAUUGGAGCUAAGCAAACGAAGGCAUGAAAAAAGCAAUCAAGCAAACUAAUCCAAUUAUUAACUAAGCCUUUUUGAAUCGAAUACAACCUGCACCUCUAUAUAUAUCUCAAGCUUUGCCGUCAAUCGCCUGGCUGCAAGCCAUCAACUUAAGAUAUCUCCAAUACGUGUCUCUCAUUAAUACACAUUUAUUGAGUAGUUGUAACGAAAGUAUUAAACGACAAUUUGUUUGUCGAAAGGCGCACA